ACGAUCCAACAAGCGCUUAGUGGGAUUUUGUUGAGUUGAUAAUGAUUUUCAAACGCCAAAACACUUUUCGCAUAGCAGUUCAAAGAUUAAGUGGUUUUUGGAUGUUCAUCGUAUACUUAGUAUUAAAUUGAAUUUACAAACUGCAAUAUGGCACUAAAAGGAGUAAGGGUUAUUGAACUGGCAGGCCUUGCACCUGGACCAUUUUGCGGAAUGAUUCUAUCCGACUUUGGAGCUUCGGUCACGAAAAUUGAUAGAACAUUGAACAAUAGACUCGACUGUCUAGGACAGGGAAAAACAACACUUCCACUCAAUUUAAAAAGUCCGAAAGCUCAGACAAUCCUGCGAAAACUGGUAACGAAAUCCGAUGUUAUUAUUGAACCGUUUCGUCCUGGAGUAAUGGAAAAAUUGGGUCUCGGUCCGGAUGUUUUACUGAAAGAUAAUCCUGCGUUGAUCUAUGCUCGGCUAAGCGGUUUUGGCCAGACCGGUCCAUUGUCAGAAAGAGCAGGACAUGAUAUCAAUUACUUGGCAGUUUCUGGUGUUUUAUCCCUUCUCGGAGAAAAAGAAUCGAAACCGAAACCUCCAGUGAAUCUAUUGGCUGAUUUCGCUGGCGGUGGACUACUCUGUGCAUUCGGAAUUUGUGUGGCGUUAUUGGAACGGAGUCGAUCCGGUAAAGGUCAAGUAGUUGAUCAUUCGAUGACCGAGGGAGCUGCCUACGUAGCCUCGUGGCUUAUGAGAUCACGUGAACUGCCGAUAUGGGGCAACGUACGCGGGGACAAUAUGUUGGAUGGUGGUGCUUUCUUUUACGACACAUACGAAACGAAGGACCACAAAUAUAUGUCGGUUGGUGCCAUAGAACCACAAUUUUUUAAACAGUUCGUUGAUGGAUUGGGAUUGGAAGACAUCAGUCAAUUCGGCGACAACGAUGCUGCUAAAGCCAAAGUGACAGAAAUAUUUAGAACGAAAACCCAAAAGGAAUGGACCGACAUUUUUGAAGACAUAGAUGCGUGCGUGUUUCCGGUUGUUGAAUGGAAAGAUGCAAAAUUUCAUCGACAAAACAGUAGCAGGAAAAGCUUUGUCGAUAGUGUAGGUAGUGUCAUACCAACUCCAGCUCCAGUUUUAAGCAGAACACCAGGAAAGUCGGGUGUAUUGAAGGAGGAAACGAAUAAGGAGACCAUUGAGAGUUUACUGGAAGAAAUUGGUGUGAGUAGGGAUGAAAUUAAGGAAUUGUGCAGUGAGGGAGCACUUAAUUUGGAAUCAAAGUUAUAAAAUUUUGCUGCGCAGUACGAUGGUGAUGGUUGUAUGACAAAUGCAAUUUCUGCAUUUCUGUACUGUUGGGGAUAAAAUAAAGUGAACGUUGA